CAAUGUUAACAGUGGCAAUUUUACCCAAUUUUAUUAAUGAACAAAAAAUCUAUUCAUAUUGUUUUCUAGCUGAAUAAUUCAUUAUCACAUAUCUUGAUUAUGAAUAUGGAAUCUAUCAUAAUUUAAUUAUAUUUUUAAGCUUUUACAUAUUUGAUUCAUAAAAUAAAAAGUAUAAAGAUUAAUUAUUUUAUUAGCACAAAAUAAUUGACACUUUUAUAUAUUCCAUUAUUGAUAUAUGCAUUUGAAACCUAAACAGAAAUUUAUAUUUAUACAUAUAUUGUGAUUUGUUUAGUAUAUUUAGCAUUAUUGAUAAUUGAAUAAGAAAAAUAGGUGAUUUAUUUAAGAUACAUAUUAGUUGUUGUUGGGUUAUUGAUAACAGAGAAGUGGUAAAUGAAUAAAAUAAUUAGGUAUUACAAAGUUUUAUUGAUGAUAUUUUUGAUUGAUAGUGAAAUUAAUUUCAACGUAAAACUUUAUGUGUAAGCAUUUGCAGGAAAAUAAAUAUUUGAUUUAUUUGUAUCUUACUCUCCUCUGCUAUCACAUCAAUUAUUUCAAUAUAAAUAUGGUCUUAACAAUUUUAGUUUGACAGUUUGUCUUUUGAGUAUGAUAACAUUGAUAAUAACAUAACAUAUCCAUUAGUAGAAUUUAAUAUUCUCUCGUCUCUUAUAGAUAUAUGUAAAGAUUAAAUAAAUAUAAUAAAGCUUCUGUCUUUACCUAUAUGGCCAAUCCUAUACUAUUAUGAUAGAUCAACAGAUAAUUUAGUAGUGGCAUUAAUAAAUAUUAUUCAAAUAUUGAUAUAAUUUUAAAAAUAGGAAUGA